GCUGUACAAUUUUCCAGUUUAUUGUUAAUUGUUCGCAUAACGAACGGUUGCAACGUAACGAUACUUUGUCGUUUUUUAAUUUCGUGAGCAAGUCAUAGUUAUGAAAGAAGAAUGAGAGAAGUUUUCAAUUUAUUCCGUACAAUCAGAACACAAAGUAUAAAAUAUGGUGAAAAGUGUUCUGUUUUGUUAUCAUGUUUAGUUUUAAAUUUUCAAGAUAUUGAUGAAAAUAUUGAAAUUUAUAUGGUUACACCAUAUCAUAAGGACCACAUCAAAAACUAAUUUUCUAUCCACAAUGUCAACAAAAACUGAACAAUAUGUUGGGCUUUAUAAAGAAAUAUCAGCUGUGCCUGCUGUAACCUCUGCUGUUAUCUUGCCUAAAGCAAGCAACAAGACACUGUUAUUACAUAGCACUUGGAGCUCUCAAGAUUUAGUUAAGCUAGAAAAGACUAGUUUCUCUCGUGAUUAUGUGUUUGACAGUGAAAGCUUUAAAAUUAUUUCUACAGGAAUACCUUAUGAUACAAAUUCUUUGGUGCAUCAGUCAUUUAGUAAAUCGGGAGAGAAGCAGGCUAUUAUAAGGGGAAACAAGUCUUCAAAGAAUUCUAAUGAAUGUUAUGAUUUGGAGGGAUCUGAAUAUGCGUAUAGAGAAGAAUGGGGUGAAGAUCUCGUUGGUAGUCAUCAUUCUGUAGCCAUAAUCUUAGACUUGAAAACUGCUACUACAGAAAUUAUAUCAUCAGACAAAUUAUAUAAUGAGCUUAGCAUUGGAGAGGCAAUUUGGGGGCCUGGUGAUGAAACUGUCAUUUUUGUCGGCUAUAAAGAAUUUCCCAGGAGACUAGGUCUUCGAUCUUGUACAAACCGCAGCUCAGCUAUUUACGUUUAUAAUCGUCAAACUAAAGAAAUAGACUGCAUCACUGGAGAAAGUAAUGUCUCUGUCCGAAACCCCCGAUUCAGCUUGGACUUCAAAUCUUUAUUUUAUUUGGAAAAUAAAGUUGGUGGUCCUCAUUUCAGUGGAUCAAAGCUUAAAAAGUAUGAUUGGGAAAGUAAACAAAUUUCUACUGUGAUAGACCUUGUUGAUAGCCCUGGAAUUGCAGAUUUUCCUGGUUUAUAUGUAACUUCAGUGCCUCAAAGAUGUUGGUUUAAAAAUAAUUUAUUUUUAACUAGUCAAUGGCGAAGCUUUCUUUCCAUACUUUGUAUUGAUACUGAUAAUGGAACAAUCCAAAGAAUAGAGCCAAAAGUACUCUCUCACCCAGAAGGUGUGGAAGACUCUUUUGGUACAAGUACAGUUUUCAGCAUCAAUGAAAAUUUCAUCCUUGCUGAAUUUUCUUCACCUAAUAUUGAACCUUGUUUGGUUAUUGGCAAAAUAAGCAAGGGUGAAAACAUUUCUGUUAGUUGGAAAUAUCUGGAUUCUAAUAAACCCAUAAAGCACCCUGACAUUGAAUGGAAAGUUGUCCAAAUAAAUGCUGAAAAAACUGAGCACUGUUUUGAAGCCAUUAUAACUACACCUGCUAAUAAGCAAAAUAUAUCAUCAGCUAUCAUCAGACCACAUGGUGGUCCUCACUCCUCUUAUACUCCGAAUUUCUUAAAAGGCAUAGUAGCUUUUACGAAGUUGAAUUAUGUUAAUUGUUUAGUUAAUUAUCGAGGUUCAGUGGGAUUUGGGGAAAAUAGCAUCCAUUCUUUACCUGGUAAUGUCGGCAAGCACGAUGUUGAAGAAGUUCAGCAAAUUGCUGAGUGGAUAAAAAAUCAAUCUGAUUUUACAAUCAAAAAUAGUUUUGUCAUUGGUGGCUCACAUGGUGGAUUUCUUGGUGCACAUUUGGUGGGGCAGUAUCCAGACUUUUAUAAAGGUGCUGUUCUUUUGAAUCCUGUUGUUGAUAUUGCAGGCAUGACUGAGACAACUGAUAUCCCUGAUUGGAACUGGGUGGAAGGAGGCUGUGGAGAUAUGUAUGAUCCAUCAACUGCAAUUAAUCCUGACCAGUUAAAAUCAAUGUGGGAAAAAUCACCUAUAAGAUAUGUGGAAAAUGUUUGUACACCUGUUUUACUUCUGCUUGGAAGUAAAGACCUACGCGUCCCAUAUGCCCAAGGUCUCAAGUAUUAUAAAAUACUUAAAGCAAGAAAAGUUCCUGUUGAGAUUUAUGUGUAUGAAGACUGCCAUUCACUUAAGAAAACUCCACAUGAUGCUGAUGUAUUCAUGCAAACUGCUCUUUGGUUGGAAAAAUAUUCUUCCUAGAUUUUUCGAUUUCAAGUUUUAUUUACUUUCUUGAAGAUAUGCUCUUAAGGCUUUAUUAAUUUUCCUUAUUAAAUAAUGAAACUUUUAGUGUGAAAUUUUAAUUUUGUUAUAGAUAAUGUAAUAACUAAUGUGAAAUUUCAUGUCAUCUGUUAUUGUUAAUUUGUGUAAUAUAUUUUAAAACUUAAUGAUUUUUUUUUAAAGUUUGAUUUUUUUUUCUAAUAAAAUUCAUGUAACCUAAUUUUGAAAUAAUAAAUUUAUUAAAAAUAUGAAU